AUGGCAGAGAGAAACCACACCACGGUGACCGAGUUCAUUUUCGUAGGAUUCACAGAUCAUCCAGAUCUAUAGAUCCCCCUCUUUAUGUUGUUCCUAGUGAUGUAUGUGGUCAGCCUGAUGGGGAAUCUUGGGAUGAUAGUGUUAAUCAUGGUUGAAACCCGACUUCAUACCCCCAUGUACUUUUUCCUAAGCCAGAUGUCCAUUGUAGAUAUUGGAUAUUCCACUGCCAUAGCUCCCAGGUUGCUAAUGACCUUUGUAGCAGAGACUAGAACCAUUCCUUUCAUUGAGUGUGCGGCACAGCUAUUCUUCGUCUGUUUCUUUGUGACCAAUGAAUGUUGCCUCCUGGCUGUGAUUGCAUAUGACCGCUUCAAAGCUAUCUGUAAUCCACUGCUAUACAGAGCCAUUAUGUCCAAGAGACACUGUGUCCUGUUAGUGGCUGGUACAUAUGUAUGUGGCUCUGUGAAUUCAAUUGUGCAAACUCUAUUUAUAUUCAGUCUGUCCUUCUGCAGCUCCAAUGUUGUCAACCAUUUCUUCUGUGAUGUGCCCCCUAUGCUGAAGCUGUCCUGUUCUGACACCCAUGUCACUGACCUUGUACUUUUCACUUUCUCUACUGUAAUUGGAAUGACUACUUUCCUGGGUGUCCUAGUCUCCUACAUGUGCAUCCUUCUGGCCAUUCUCAGGAUCCGUUCUGCCAAGGGGAGAUGCAAAACCUUUUCCACCUGCGCCUCCCACCUGACAGUCGUCUCUAUGUUUUAUGGGACGCUGAUAUGUAUAUAUUUAAGACCCAGUUCUAGCUACGUGAUGGACCAAGACAAGGUUACCUCUGUGUUUUAUGCCCUUGUGAUCCCCAUGUUGAACCCCCUGAUCUACAGCCUGAGAAACAAGGAGGUAAAUGAUGCCUUUAAAAGGGUGAUAUACAGGAAGAUUUUUUUCUUGGUCAUUAUAAUCAUUAUAUUUUAA